AUGUCGAGAAACACAUCAAGCAUGCAGCUGGAUGAGGAGAACCUGCCACGUGGGAUUUCCGCACAGGCGAAAAACGAGGCUUCGAAAAUAGUAAAGCCUGUGCAUAUACAGCGGGCCAGUCGGCCGGUGUUGAUAGAUGUGAACAGUAACCGAAACGGGACGAGUUUGAGACGCACACGCCAUCGGAGCACGAUUAGUUCGCCGUUUGUGACGCGUCAGAGGGAUUUGGGGGCAAAAAAGGACAGGGGAGAGGCCGAAGGGCCGCCGAAAGAGGUUGGUAUGGCAGAAAGUGGAGUUGGAGGUAGAGCUGAGGGUUCAAAUGGUGGAAAUAAUGUUGGAAGUUCUGGUAGAAAUCAUAGUGUUGAAAGUUCUAAUGCUAUUGGAAGCUCAAACCACCUCCCUACUGCUUCUGCAAGCAGAGGGCUUUCCAGACAGGAUAAUGGAGCAUACUUUGCCGAAAACAGGGCUGACGAGGCGCGGUAUUCGCUAAAAAGGCAAGCCCCUGAGCCGGAGCAGGAACCAGCAAGCACAAAAAAGAUGAAAGUGGAGCCGGAAUACUCGUGGGAAGACUUAGAUGCAGAAGAUGCAGACGACCCACUCAUGGUGAGCGAGUAUGUGCAGGAGAUAUUCGAUUAUUUGCACGAGUUGGAGCUGAAAGCACUUCCUGAUCCAAACUACUUGGAGUGGCAGCGGAAUUUGAGGCCGAAAAUGCGGUCGAUAUUGGUCGAUUGGAUGGUGGAGGUGCACUUGAAGUUCCGGCUGCUUCCAGAAACUUUGUACCUCUCGAUAAACAUCAUGGACAGGUUCAUGUCGCGAGAAAUGGUGCAGGUCGAUCGACUCCAGCUACUUGCGACGGGGUCGCUAUUCAUCGCGGCCAAAUACGAGGAGGUGUACUCUCCAAGCGUGAAAAACUACGCUUAUGUCACCGAUGGCGGUUUUACGGAGGAUGAGAUCUUGCAAGCAGAGCGCUUUAUCUUGGAGAUCUUGAACUUCGACAUGAGCUAUCCGAACCCGAUGAAUUUCCUGCGGCGUAUUUCCAAAGCUGAUGAUUACGAUGUCCAGGCAAGAACCAUCGGCAAGUACUUGCUUGAAAUCACCGCUAUCGACUAUAAAUUCAUCGGUUACCUCCCGUCUCUUUGUGCUGCCUCUGCCAUGUAUAUUUCUCGCAAGAUGCUUGGCAAAUUCGACUGGAACGGCAACCUGAUACAUUACAGUGGUGGUUAUCGUGAGUCCGACAUGCGUGAAACGUGUGAGAUGAUGAUAGAUUACUUGGUUGGGCCCAUUGUGCACGAGGAGUUUUUCAAGAAAUACGCUUCACGAAGAUUUAUGAAGGUUUCGAUACUUGCCCGGCAGUGGGCCAAGAAGUUGGUGCGGCAGGGGAAGGACAUAAUGGAUGCAAUUGUGUGA